UCAAACGGAUAUUAAACGAGAAGGCGGCUGUUUUGACAAGAGAAGAAGCACUUGUUAUUCACUAAAAAUGACAUCAAGUGCAGAAAUUGAAAGUCUCCAGGAAGAAUCUAGCAAACUUGAGGAACGUUUAUCAAGCAUACGUGAUAAAAUAAUAACAAAAUGGACAGGAGAGGAAUAUCAGAAGCUGGCUGCUGGCCUCCAGACAAAACAUCAGCAGAUAAUGGAGAAAAGACAAGAGGAAAUCAAAACCCACCAGGGAAAUGUAACGAGAAUGGAACAGCUCAGUAAAAGUAACAUGAAAGAACUACAAGAACGUGUUGGGAAGCUACAGGAACUGAAGGCUAGCUUACAGAGGCUUCAAGGGGAAACAGACAAUGUGCUUCAUUUGAAGGAGAAUGCAACCACACAACUGGGAGAGGAAUCCAAGAAAAUCCUCAAAGAGAAAGAGUACUUAUCACUACAAGGGAAGGUCACACAACAGAAAUUGGUAGAACUAGACAAGGCAGCAUCCAUGUUCCAUCACAGACUCGGGUUGACAUUCAAAAAAACCUCAGGUAAUCGUCUGCAGUGUCUCUUCAAACACAUAGACAGGGACGAUCCCGAGGCGGUCUUCUAUUUCUUCAUCAAAGUGGAAGGGGAUGAUCGCCAAUAUGUUGUUUCAGAUUGUGAACCUACUGUACCUGAACUGGAUGUUUUGGUGGAGAAAUUGAACCAGACCAACAAUUUGCGAUCCUUCAUUGUGUGUAUGAGGAAAAGAUUUCAGCAGCUGGUACAGGAUCAGAAAAGCCAGUAAUGCAAAAGAGCAAGCUCCACACUGAAUCAAUCAUGACAUUUCAAUGAUGUUCAAUGAAAACCGACAGGAAGUCAGUCUGGUCCGACAUAAAUUAAACAAGAGACAUGGCUUGAAGCUUGUGUAACGUCUUUGUCUUCCUAUUCCUCAUAGACACGGCAACACUUGUUUGUGAUACCAAUGAACUGGGUAAUAGCUGUUUGUUCAAAAGCAGAAUUGUGUUCUAUCACCUGGAAUUACCAGAUGUUUAGAUAAUCACUUCUCUGCUUUGAUUUGUUGGUAGUUAUUGGUAAAGGAAAAUAGAAAGCUCCA